ACUCACAUUUCAUCAAACUCUCUAAAAACGAAACACACAUAGAAUUCUAAAAAAGGUUCUUAAUUUUAAUGGCGAUGGAAGAGAAACUAGUGAUCAACGAAUUGGAACAAGGGAGAGAGCUUGCCAAACGAUUGAUAAGCAAUCUCAAACACACUUCUUCUGUUGAAUCUAGCAAGAUCAUGAUCUCUGAAAUCCUCCGCAUUUACCAGAAUGCAAUUCUCAUGUUGAGUUUCAAGGAAGACGACAAGAACAUCCUUAAGAGAAGCCGUGAGAUCGAAGACAAGGAUUCUAAAACCUUGUCUAAGAAGAGAAAAUUAUCGGACAAGAAGACAGAGGAAGUUAAGGUUUUUGUCGGAACAGGUUCGAUUGAUGAUGGAUAUUGCUGGAGAAAAUACGGGCAAAAAGAGAUUCAUGGAUCCUCAAACCCUAGAGGAUACUUCAGAUGCACGCAUCGAUUCACGAAGAAGUGUCCAGCAGUGAAGCAAGUCCAGAGAUCCGACGAAGAUCCUUCGAUUUUUGAAGUGAAGUAUGUCGGGACCCACACUUGUAACAACAACAGUACAUCCCCAAAGACGACGGCCACGAGCUUCUCUGUUUCGAUGAUGGUCGAAGAAGGAAACAGAGUUGGUUUAACAGAGCAAACCGAAGACAUUAAACCGACGAAAACCGAGGAAGUGAUGAUAAGUCUUGAAGAUCUGGAGUACAAGAAGGACAUUUUCAAGACGUAUUCUUUCUCUAACCAUGAGACUGAGAACGUUGGUGGAUGGAAAAGCAACAUUUUCCAGGAAAAUCUGUCUCCUGCAACGACAUCAGGGUCUGGGAUGACCAGCGAGAUUGCUAUAGCUGUUGAGGAUUGGGGAACUGUAGAUUCGUGUUUCUCUUCGUUGGCCAAUAUUAUCGAUUUGGGACAGGACUUGUGGUCGUGACAUUUGAAUUGGUGAAUGUAAUGUUCUCGUGGUAGUCAUUAUAGAUGGUGAGUGUAGUUUUAUUAAGGUUUAUAUAUUAGUCUGGUUAGGGAUUGGUGGCUACUAUGAGUUUUGGCCUUUUUGUUUCAAUAGUGUGUUUUGUGUGAAUUUUCAAAGAGUUUAGACGGUACAUCAUAUCUUAUACAAUAAAACAUGCUUGUCUCUCUACUCAUCAAGCCACAUCAGCAGGGAGAUAAGGGCUUUUCGCGACACGUCAGCAUUCUCUUCCUGUUCACGAGUUCAAUGGGCCACGCUUAGGUUAGUGUUUAGAUGAUAAAAGCCCAAUGUAACAUUUCUCCUUCUCGACGGUGGUCAUCUGCUUGAAAAUCCUAAACUCCACCGGCUCUGACGUAACUGAGCCGUAACGUUGUA